AUGAAUGAAAAUCAGAAAACUACAACAGAUAAAACUACAAAUCCUGCUCCAAAUGGAAAAUGUAGAUGGAAAUUAGCAUUCACAGCGUUAGUUUUUGGAUCAUUGUAUACAGUUUUAAAAGUUGCUAAUUUAAUUGGAAUACAAGGUCAUGGUAAAUUGUGGCCAGCAGUUGUUGCGUUUGCUGUCUUUGCUGUAAUUAUGAUGUGUAACAUGUUAAUAUAUCCUGUGAUUUUUAUUAUUUAUAAAGUGAUCAACGAGAGAAAAUGGAAUAAUGGAUAUUGGGUUCCUAUUGGUAUAUUAUUUGUUAGUCUUCAUUUAGGUGUUCCUUUAUAUCCUGUUUUCCAUGAUACUGACUCAAUUUUAUCAGAAUGUAAAUUUUGGAUUAAUUUUCAUGUUAUUAUUAUAUUUUCAAUUCUUUACCAAUAUAGAAAAGCUAAAAUAGCAGAAGAAAAAGCCAAAGAAGUCGAAAAAAAUGAGGAGGGUACUAAAGAAGAAAAAGAAGCUUUAAUUGAAGUAUAA